UUAAAGUGAUAGAAAUCAUAAAAGAAACAGAAAUAAAAGAUGAACAUGAUCCAAGGCACUAGUGUUAACAACGAAGAAGAUGUUCAACUUCCAGGUUUCCGAUUCCACCCAACAGAUGAAGAGCUUGUAGGGUUUUAUCUCCGUCGAAAAAUCGACAACAAAUCCCUCCACAUCGAUCACCUCAUCAAACAUAUCGACAUCUACAAAUACGAUCCUUGGGAUCUUCCAAAGGCCAACACGGCGGGCGACGAAAACGAAUCUUAUUUCUACUGUAGACGAGGAAGAAAGUAUCGAAACAGUGUAAGACCGAACCGAGUGACGGGUUCGGGAUUCUGGAAAGCAACCGGCAUCGACAAGCCGGUUUAUUCCGUUCGAGGUGAAGCCAACUGCAUCGGGCUAAAGAAAACAUUGGUGUACUACCGAGGGAGUGCAGGCAAGGGCACUAAAACCGAGUGGAUGAUGCAUGAGUUUCGCCUUCCCAAUCCCAAAUCCAAUCCACAAGAUGCUGAAGUAUGGACGAUAUGUCGGAUUUUCAAGCGGUACGUUGAUAACAGGAAGAGCACGCCGAAUUGGGGACGAGUGGCUGCUAAACGUUCUUCAAAUGGCAAUGGCAUACACAGCUCGCAAAGUUGCAGCGUGGAAUCAAGCAGUCGUGAAAAUUACAUAACUUUCAGCUCUCAAAACCAUGAUGACGACAAAGCAGCAGCAGCAGCAGCUUUGAGAAGAGAAUGGCAUGGGGAGCAACAAUCUAUGGCAUCGUCACCAUCUUCGUGCUUCUCCAACUGUCCGGAAAAUGAUUUCUUCACAAAUGCCAACUGGGAAGACCUCAAAUCAGUUGUGGAAUUGGCUCUUGAUCCCUUUCUUAUGUAAAUAAUACUUCACUUCUUCCUCUUGGAUUUCAUUUCUAAUACAACUUCUGUUUAUGCACUAAUAAAACUAAUAUU